AUGGCGCAAACAUUCGAUCCAAAUGCGUUCACCAUACCAUUCAUGGCAACAAAGACUCCACGUCGAGAUCCAUACGAAGCUAUUCUUCCCACAAACCCCGCUAACUCUCAGAAAGGGAAGAUCAUAGUCAUCACUGGAGGGAGCUCUGGCAUAGGAGCGGCCGCUGCACGUGUGUGGGCUGAAGCAGGAGCUGAGGGAGUAGUAAUCACUGCUCGCGGGGCUCCUGCUUUGGAAAAAGUCGCCAGUGAACUCAAAGCCAAAUUCCCCGCCACCAAGGUCCUCGCUGUCAAGGGAGACAUUGUUUCCAAUGAAGAUAUCAAGCAUCUCUUUUCCGCGGUCCAAGAGACUUUCGGUCGACCAGCAGAUGUACUCCUCAACAAUGCCGGUUUCCUCGACGAUGACAGGCUCAUCGGUGAAACUCCCGCUGAUGUCUGGUGGAAGAACUUCGAGAUCAACAUCAAAGGUGCCUACAACGUGAUCCAUCAAUUCAUCCAGUCGCAGCCAAACCCCAAAGAGCCAAUAGGAACAAUCAUCACCGUAUCUUCUGGACGCGCAGGAUUCACCGGUGCUGGUGGAUCUUCCUACAACAUUGCCAAGCUUGCUGAGCACCGUCUCAGCGAGCAUUUACAGCUGGAGAAUCCCACUCUUCGGGUCUUCACGAGUAUGCCCGGUAUUGCUUUGACUGGGAUGAUGAAUAACUUUUGGCGUCCAUAUGCAAAAGAUCAUGUCGACCUUACUGGCAUGCAAGCGCUAUAUCUGGCUCAGCCAAGGGCAGACUACUUGAAGGGCAGCAUGGUCGGUGUCAACUGGGAUGUGAAAGAGUUAGAGGAGCAUAAGGAAGAGAUUCUCGAGAAGAAGGUGCUGCAAACUUCCUGGAUGCCAAUCCUGCCAUUUGGCGGCGGAAAAGGCCUUGGUAGUAAGGUCUGA